CUCGAUCUUCGCGUUUUUCUCUUUGGUCAAUGUCCAAAUGCAUGUCUCCUUCUCGUGCGGCCGUCUAUCGAGACGAGACACAGAGCACCGUCGACAGUACCCAUUCGUCAGUCACACACACAGCCGAGCACAUAACAACGGCCAUAACCAGACACCAGUCAGCAAACUGCCCUGCUUUCUGCCUUCACCCGCCGGCGAUGCUCUCGUUGUCCAGAAAUGCGCCGAUUGCAUCCGACAGCCCGUGUGAGCCGAGAGCCGAGCAGCAGCUGGAGCUGCUCGACACGCAGCGCGAGUGCACGGCCGCGGGGAGGGGAUGGGGCGGCGGAUCGAUCACACGGCACAGCUGACCCUCAUUUCUGGGCAUCAUGUGGUGCUCGCGCUCAUCAUUCGGCACCACACACAUGUCGUUGAACGGGUAUCUGCACACACAGCAACGUACACAGCAUGCGCAUAGAUGUCGAUUUGUGGGCCUUGUUGUACUCGCUCACCCGAGAGGCGGGACGGUCAUUGGCGGGAUGCUUGCUGCGGGCUCCUGCGAUGGACAGGAUGAUGAUUUUCCCCAGUCGAUGGCUGCAGGGGGCAUCGGGGUGCUGUGCAGACCCCACGUGUCCACCAAGAGCGAAUGCGGCACGGGACGCUGACUCUCUUCGAUCGCACUCUGGCGAACCACACACCCCCAAUAAAAUGGCGUUCAUGUGUGUGUGUCUCUAAUUGUCUAUGUCGUGCUCACCCCCGCAACAUCCUCAGACCAUUUGCUGGUGUCCUGCUCACUCCGCAACGCACACAUAAUGUCUCGGCUGGCCCCACUGCUUCCACUACCGCUCUUGUCAGAGCGGCCUGAGCUCACACUGGCCGGCCGGAAGAUGUCACCAUGAUUGUGACUUGCCUGCGUGACAUUGGGCCUUCUCAGGCCGUCUCCUGCCCGUAUGCCGCCGAUAGUGUUUGCCCCCUCGUGCGAUGGCUGGUUGGAGAGCGAGAGCGACUCCCGCGUGCUGUCGGUCGUCUCGCGGGACGGAUGGUUGUUGGCGGCCUGGUUGGGGUUGAUUCGUGGAGAGGACUUGGCUGAGAGCCCUGACAGGAUGUUGUCACACCGGGAGCCAAAGCUGAGACAGACAGAGAACACCCACCCACAACGCAUGAGACCAUAAUGGCUUUCAGGCGGUCUGAGGUCACCUCACUCACCGGUCUUGCAGGUUGCCAACAACAUCUUCGAUGAGACAGUCCAGGCGCGCCUGGUACUCAUCCUCCGCCACAGCAUAGGGGUCCCAACCCGGGUCGAAAAACCCGCCAUACCUCGGUUUCGACCGCUCUCCACCCCUCCUCCCGUCCAUCUCUCCCUGUCUCUGAGGGAGAUGCAGCGACGGAACCCGCCUGUCGUUCUCAGGCGUGUUUGCCGUUGUCGCCGGCGAGCCAACCCUGCCCACGAACUGCUUGGGUCUUUUCGCGGCCGCCUCGGUGGGCAGGUGUGCAUGUUUCAUGACGUAGUCGAUGGCUCUGUCAGUUUGAGCCUGGUCUGCAGGGGGCAUGGUUGGGUAGUAGUCGCUGUCCGGUGGGACGGACACGGGCAGCGGGCGGGGCGAAGACAGCGACACCAGCUCACCUGCAGAGAGAGACGCAAUGGCUGGUGUGCUGGUUGUUCUGUGUAAAACGUGCCUCGUCGAAUUGGCUUGGGGGGAUAUCGGCGGCGUGAUGGUUCGCUGGGCGGGGGAGGCAUGUUUACCUCCAGUUCUGACGCCAGCUGUACCAGCGGAUACGCCUGACGCCACACAGGGAAGGAAAACACAGGAUGACAGAUUGCCCGGUAUGUGUUAAGUCUCUGUCUGUCUGUGUGAGGAGGUCUGUACCCUUCCGCGUCCCUCCAUUGCAUCCUCAGCCAGCAGGUCCGCUAUGGCAGGGAUCGGCCCCACCGAGUCGCUCCCCUCGUCCCUCUCCCUUCCCAAGUCCUCUUUCACCACCGGCAGCGCCGAAGACGACACCACAUAGUCAUUGCCCGAGCUCAGCGACCCAGAAAACGGCAGAAACGACGAUCGCGGCGAUACCAUCAAGUGGUCGCGGGGGCUGCUCAGCGGGGGGGAUGGCGGCCGGAUAUUGGGCUGCGACGGGUGGCAGGCGGGUGUCGGAGGGAUGGGCUGGACGAUGGUGUCUUCUUCGGAGGGGAUGGAGUCGAGGUGGAUAGGCCACUCUCCUGCUGGUGGCGGGGGAGGUUUGCGUGGUGUCGGUCGGAGGCUGGGCGGCUGUGAGGGGGUGGGCGGGAUGCGCUGCUCCAUCACAAACUCGUACAGGAUGCUGUUGGGCGGACCUGCACAUACCCAUUCAUCCAUCCGUCAAGCCGUCCAUGAGUGUGGGUCCGUACGCAGACCCACUGUGUAUGUGUCUCACCUCCGCCGUCAGAAGAGGACGAGUCGGACCCGAGUGAGAACUGGCGGAACACCUCCCCUGGCUCCCGCAUGUCAUCAAACGGCGGCGGCAGUCCGUUCCCACCCACACCACCCCCUCGCACCACAACAGCACCAGAGCACCCCUCCGCCCUUUUCUCCUCACCACAAUCACCCCCCAAACCGCCGGCAUAGCCAUGACCACGAUGAUCAUCCGGUGCAAUCGCCCCUGUCCAUUCCUCCCCCUCCCCCUCUCCCUCCAUGACGCCGACAUACCUCUGGCUGCCCGAGAGCGCGUUGAGGUCUCGCGGCGAGGGGAUGUCAUCGAUAUUCCUGGGUGGGGGUGGGAUGCGGCGGUGAUUGGGUGUCCACCUGAGGUUGGGGUGCCAUGAUGGGCUCCACUUGGGGUCGAAACAGUCCUCGGGGAUGUAGAGCGGGAUGAACUGGUAGUCCGGCACGGGAAACAGCUGCACAAGACGACGACACAGAUGAAAGAGACAUGUGUCUUUCUGUGUUUUGCCGCCUUUCCUUCCGGUCCGACCGUGCAUGCGUGUGAGGCGAAGUAGAGGACGUUGGAGAAGAGGUCGACGUUGUGUGUCAUUCCCUCUGGCGUGGACAGGAUGGUCUUGCCGGGGGUGUGCUUCUCCAGCAUCUGCGAGUGCUUCGGGCUGUACAUGCCGUCGUCCUGCCCGUGCACAAACAGCACGCGACACGCCGUCUGCACACACACAACCACACACAACACAGAGCACACGGAGGGUCUCGGGCCUUUGUCUUGUCUGUCUGUAUGUGUCUGCCGCGUACGUGUCGUAUGUUUUCGAGGUUGUUGAAUCGGUCGCUGAUGAGGCCCAUGGCGAAGCCGCCCAUUCUCUCCUUCACCACCUCGCGAAUCGACACAAACGGCGCCACCAAAAUGGCACCAAAGACGUCAUACCGCGCCGCCAGAUGCAGGGCAGGGCCGGUCCCUGCAUGGCCAAACAAGUACAUGGCAGUGAUGGCACUCUGUGUGGAGGUCUGUCUCUUCUGUCCUUCUGUGUGUGCUUCGAUACCGAUUGAUCUUCCCAUGACGAUGAUCUUGCAUGGAUCCCAGCCGCACCGCUCGAUGAGGAACCGGAUGCAUGCCUCAGCGUACCGCAGCACCAUCUCCUCAUUUGGCUUGCCCGGCGCAAUCCCAUAACCCUGCAGCAAUGCACCCAUCCCUCCCAUCAGCCAGAGACACAGACAGAGAGGGUCGGCUGGUCUACUCGUCUACUCACCGGGUACUCCAUAGCAAUGACGUGUGUGUCGAAUCCCUCCGAGAGGUCCCUGCAGAAGAGCCUGCACCGUCCGAGGUCCUCCCCGUUGCCGUGAAAGUAGAGGAUGACAAACCGCGCGUCGUGCUUCGGGAAGUAGAGGCACGGGAUGCACGUCUCCGGCGUGGCCGUGCCGAAGUCAAGCGUCCCUGCAUUGGUAACAGUCAGCCGACACACGCAUGAGCAACGCGCAGGGAGGGAGGGAGGGAGGGAGGGAGAGGGACGGGGAGAGUCAUCCCACACACACAUCCAGGCACACACAUACCAGGUAUCCACAUGAGUUCCUCGAAGUCUUGUAUUUUGUAUGUGGUGCGUCCGGGGAAGACCAGUCGGUCCACGAACGUCUCCCACCGCUGGUGGAAGAACUGCUCUGUCCACGACGCCAAAUGCCGAAGAUUCAUCCUCGAGUCAGAGAGGGGGGCCGAUGAGCCCAGAACGGCAGGUGUGCGAUGGACGGAUGAGUCGAAUGCGAAGAUCUAGGCUUGUGAUAGACUUGAGCGAAAAGGCCAGCAAGCAGGGAAUGGAGGCACUGGCAGAAACUUGAAC